AUGAGACUUUCACCUUUUUGUGCUACACUUGUGUUGUUCAAUCUAGUGACACCGUUGAAACUUGACAACUCGGAAGACUUGAAAAGGUCAUUGUCCAAAAUCAAAAACCGAGGACUAAUUGAAAGGUUUGAGUUAAGCCCGGAUGUAUUCUCAAAUGUGCUCGCUCAGGAUACUUCGGAUAAAGGAAAACCAAACAAGGACUGUCCUCCGUGUUUCAAUUGUAACUUACCAAACUUUGAAUGUACCCAAUUUUCCCAAUGCAAUACAUUCACAGGUAUGUGUGAAUGUCAACCAGGAUAUGGUGGACUAGACUGUUCUGAGCCACUAUGUGGGUCCUUAGCUGACGGAAACAACAAGAGGCCGACUAGGAAAAAGGAUGUAUGUGAGUGUAAGUCAGGUUGGUCAGGUAUCAAUUGUAACUUAUGUGAACGUGACGACGUUUGCGACUCAUUUAUGCCUGAAGGUGUCAAGGGAACUUGUUACAAGGAAGGGAUUAUUGUAAACAACUUUCAUCAAAUGUGCAAUGUAACUAAUGCUAAGAUCUUGGCUAUACUCAAGGGCAAAAUUCCACAAGCUACAUUUUCUUGCAACAAAACAUCAGAGAAUUGUAAUUUCCAAUUUUGGAUUGAUCAAAAGGAGUCAUUUUACUGUGACUUGAACAAGUGUAUUUUGGAUUACGACUUAGCUCAAAACACUACCCACUACAAUUGUGAAAAAGUGGCUUGCAAGUGUUUACCUGAUAGAAUGUUGUGUGGGGAGGCUGGUUCCAUCGAUAUAUCGGAAUUUCUUACUGAAACUAUAAAAGGACCGGGUGAUUUCACAUGCGAUGUGGCUAAAAAAACAUGCAGAUUUUCAGAACCAAGCAUGAAUGAUCUUAUACAAAGCGUAUUUGGAGAUCCGUACAUUACUCUACAAUGCAAAUCGGGUGAAUGUGUGCACAAAAGUGAAAUUCCUGGGUACAACCAACCGGAUAAUCCAAGACUCACUUUGGGUAAUAUAUUUCUGAUUAUUGGGGUGUUGUUGGUGUGUGUUUUGUUUGUUGUUACUGUUGUCAGGAAUGUCAACGAAUCAGCCUUGUUCAAAAAGAGUGAUGGCUAUGACCCACUUCCAACUGAUUCAACUGUCAUGAUGAAUCAAAAUUUUGAACCAACAACACUUUCCUUUGAGAAUAUUAGUUAUACCGUGGGAGAAAACAAUACUCAGGUAUUGAAUAAUAUUUUUGGGUUGGUAAAGCCAAGGGAGUGUUUGGCCAUAAUGGGAGGUUCCGGAGCUGGUAAAACUACCUUAUUGGACAUUCUUGCUGGGAAAAACAAGGAUGGUAAAAUCUCAGGUAAUAUAUAUGUCAAUGGAAAUACUAUUGACCACAAACACUACAAGGAAAUUGUCGGAUUUGUUGACCAAGAGGACCACUUGAUUCCUACAUUAACUGUUUACGAAACCGUUUUGAAUAGUGCAUUGUUGAGAUUACCAAGAGACAUGACUUUUGAACAAAAGCAGGCGAGAGUUUUGGAAGUGCUUAAUGAGUUGCGUAUUAUUGGCAUCAAGGAUCGAGUUAUUGGCUCUAGUUUCAAGAGGGGCAUUUCUGGAGGCGAGAAGAGAAGAGUCUCUAUUGCGUGUGAGUUGGUUACUUCACCAUCUAUUUUGUUCUUGGAUGAACCUACAUCUGGCUUAGAUUCCUACAAUGCUAGAAACGUUGUUGACUGCUUGGUCAAACUCUCGAGAGAUUAUGAACGAACUAUUGUGUUUACAAUCCAUCAACCCAGAAGUAACAUUGUAUCCUUGUUUGACAAGUUGAUAUUACUUAGUGAAGGUGAUUUGAUUUUCUCGGGUGACAUGAUAAAAGCAAAUGAUUUUUUUACAAAGAAUGGGUACAAAUGCCCCUUGGGGUACAACAUCGCAGAUUAUUUGAUUGAUAUUACUGUUGAUCACAACAAAAUUGUCAAAGUAUCCAAUGCAGAUUCUAGUGUUGUUGCUUCGUCAUCCUCUGGAAUCGAUGAUGAUGUUCAUUCUGAGUUUUUAAAAAACAGAAGUUCAAGUCAAAUCGAUACAACCAGAGAAUGGGAACAUUUUGCUGUUCAUCGUGACGAGUAUAGCACCGACGUCAUUGGGCGUCGGGUUACACCAAGUGGGGAAGAGGAGACUCUUUUACGAUUGCGAAAUAAACUUCACACGUUGUUUGUUGACUCUUCUUUAGCAGCAGAAUUGCAAACAGAGAUCAACGAAGGUAAGGAAAAUCCAAAGGAGCUUGAUUUAAAUCGUCAUGACAUCAAAAAAGCAACUAUUGUUGGACAGAUUCUCAUCCUCUCCUCGAGAACAUUCAAGAACCUUUACAGGAACCCAAGACUAUUAUUGGCGCAUUAUGUGUUGUCCCUAUUGGUAGGCUUGUUUUGUGGAUACUUGUACUAUGAUGUUAAAAACGAUAUCAGUGGAUUCCAAAACAGAUUGGGAUUUUUCUUUUUCCUUUUGGCGUUUUUUGGAUUCAGCGCACUUACCGGAUUACAUUCAUUUUCAACUGAGAGGAUCAUAUUCGUUCGUGAGAGAGCAAAUAACUACUACAAUCCAUUGAGUUACUACAUUAGCAAGAUUUUCUGCGACAUCAUCCCAUUGAGGGUGUUGCCACCAAUUUUGCUAAUCAGUAUUGCCUAUCCGCUUGUUGGCUUGACAAUGGAGCACAAUGCGUUCUUGAAGUCAAUUUUGGUAUUGGUUUUGUUCAACGUUGUAGUUGCAGUGGAAAUGUUGAUUGUCGGAAUAUUAGUGAAGGAACCUGGAACUUCCACCAUGGUAGGUGUUUUGUUAUUAUUAUUGUCGUUGUUGUUUGCUGGAUUGUUUAUCAAUAGCGAAGACUUGAAUGUGCAGAUAAAAUGGUUAGAAUGGAUUUCGGUGUUUCAUUAUGCUUACGAAGCGUUGACUAUAAACGAGGUUAAGGAUUUGAUAUUGAGAGAGAAAAAGUAUGGUUUAUCCAUUGAAGUCCCAGGAGCGGUGAUUUUAAGCACUUUUGGAUUCAAUGUUGGUGCAUUCUGGAGUGAUAUUUCGUUCUUGGGAGGUUUAACUACUAUCUUUUUGGCAUUGGGAUAUGUAUUUUUGUAUUUCUUCACUGUUGAAAAAAGGUAA